GGAGUCAGACAUAUCUGAGCUUAUUCUAUGCCAGAAUGAGGUGGAUCUGGCCCUCAAGAACCUGCAGGCCUGGAUGAAGGACGAACCGGCAAGCACGAACUUGCUCACAAAGAUGGACUGUGCCUUCAUCCGGAAGGAGCCAUUUGGCCUGGUGCUCAUCAUUGGCCCCUGGAACUACCCUGUGAACCUGACCUUGGUGCCUCUGGUGGGGGCCAUUGCAGCCGGGAACUGCGUGAUACUGAAGCCAUCAGAAAAAAGCAAGGGCACAGAGAAGGUGCUGGCUGAGGUGCUGCCCCAGUACCUGAACCAGAGCUGCUUUGCCGUGGUGGUGGGUGGGCCUGAGGAGACCCAGAAGCUGCUGGAGCACAAAUUUGACUACAUUUUCUUCACAGGGAACCCUCGUGUAGGCAAGAUUGUCAUGGCUGCUGCCGCCAAGCACCUGACGCCCGUCACCCUGGAGCUGGGGGGCAAGAACCCCUGCUAUGUGGAUGACAACUGUGACCCCCAGACUGUGGCCAACCGCCUGGCUUGGUUUCGCUACUUCAACAUGGGCCAGACCUGUGUGGCUCCUGAUUACGUCCUGUGCAGCCCAGACAUGCAGGAGCGGCUGCUUCCUGCCUUGCAGAAUGCCAUCACCCGUUUCUAUGGUGACGACCCCCAGAACUCCCCCAACCUGGGCCGCAUCAUCAACCAGAAACAUUUCAAGCGGCUCCAGGAACUGCUGAGCUGUGGCCGCGUGGCCAUCGGUGGUCAGAGUGAUGAGAGCAAUCUCUACAUCGCACCCACAGUGCUGGUGGACGUGCAGGAGACGGAUAAGGUGAUGCAAGAGGAGGUCUUUGGGCCCAUCCUGCCCCUGAUGACUGUGAGGAGCCUGGAUGAGGCCAUCGACUUCAUCAACCGUCGGGAGAAGCCGCUGGCCCUGUACGCCUUCUCCAACAACAGUCAGGUAGUGAGCCAGGUCCUGGACCGGACCAGCAGCGGCAACUUUGGAGGCAAUGAUGGCUUCCUGUAUAUGACUCUGCUAUCCCUGCCAUUUGGAGGGGUCGGCAAAAGUGGCACGGGCAGGUACCACGGCAAGUUCUCCUUCAACACCUUCUCCAACCACCGUGCCUGCCUGAUCUCUCCCUCGGGCCUGGAGAAGCUCAAUGAGAUCCGAUACCCACCCUAUAGUUCCCAGGCCCAGAAGCUGCUGAGGUGGGCCAUGAGCUCCCACAGCUGCACUCUUCUGUGAUCACCUGCCCAUCUCUGGCACCCACCAGGGAUGCCUGCCUCCUGCUGCUGGUGGCUGCCCAGCUCCUGACCUGCCCUGAGCUGCCAGAUGCUGCCCAUCUGCUCAGUGGUCCUUGAAAGGCAGGUGUCCAGCCCAGGCCAUGAAGAACCCACUCUUGGGGCUUUUUCUGUACAGACCUCCAGCUAGCCAGGACCUCUGGGUGGCUGGGCCAGUCCCUUUCUAUACCUAAGUCCCCUCUGUAGCCUCCUGUCCAUCUGCCUAGAUAGGUUUGGUGAUGGGAAACCCCUGUGCCCCAAAGCUUGGAAGAUUCUACAGCUAGAGAAGACUAUAAAUAGAUGUAUAAACAGGCAGAGCUAAUAACUCCAUGCACACCUGAUGUCAUCUGAUCUGAAAUCUAGAUCUGGCCGAUUGGUGGAAUCUGCCUGGAGUGUGUCACUAACAAGCAUUCUGAUGCUGUGUGGGGGACCAAGGGGAGGGAGUGCCAGGCUCAGUCACGAUGUCUGCAGUGGGCACAGGCAGGCAGAUGUGGACACGGUGGCCCCACCUGUCCUCCCUGCUCUCAGCUCCCAGAAGGUGGCCUGGGGUGGCAGACUCUAAUACUGAUGACUUCAUCUGACAUAUGGGGAAACUGAGGUCUGAAGGCAGGACAGUGGUGAGCUGAGUUCACAGGGGAAAGCAGGACAGAGCUGAGUGAUGGCAGACUUACUGGGAAACAUGGGGAUGGGGAUCAGUGUACAGCAGGUGACCCCUGAGCUGUUCCUGCCAGACCUCCAGGUGGACCCCAGAGGGUUUUCAGUGUGCUCCCGAGAACACAGAGAGAUAUCACUCCUGCCAGAGUGCUGUGGACUGACAUCUGGGCCCUCCACACCCAGUUAAGACUCUUUUUAUUGGACAGUGAGAUUCAUGAAGGCAGAAAUAGGGUCUAGUUUGCUGGGGUGUCCCCAGUACCACAACAUUGAUUCCAUGGGGCUGCUUAUGAAUGAAGAAUGAAUGAAUGAAGUGGGUGUGGGGUGUUGGGGGAGAAGGGAGAGAUGGUGCCAACUUGUCUUUGCUGCCUCCUACCCACACUCCUUCCCAACCAGGCCACAAACCCUCUGAAAGGGGGCUUAGCGUCCCCACUCAGGUGGUCUCAAACCAGGCCCCAGCCCCGAGAAUCAGACUAACUGUCGAAGCAUUGGGGCAGGCCCUGUGUCCGAAUCUCUCCAACUUGGCAUGCUCAGAAUUCAACUCCCAGUGGAUUCCUCAAGCAGGUCUCUCUCUCUCCCUGUCCCUGUGUCUGGGCCGGCCUCCCCACCUUCCUAGAACUUUCCCAGUACCCCAGCCCCCACAUGUCAAAUCAUCAGCCUGUUCUGUCCCUUCUACUCUGCCUGUGUAGGAGGCAACUCCUGAAUCAGGGCACGUCUCAGCAGAGGUGGAGACAUCACUAUUUCCUCUGCCCAUCCCCUCCUGGCUGCCUGCCUGGGAUUGGAUUCCACACAGCAGCAAAGCACCCCUUGAGAAAGCCCCAGACUUUUAACAAGCAGUUCCUCAGGACCAAGCACUUGGCAAGGCCCUGCAGGGCAGACCCCGUGCCACUGUGUCCCCCUGCCUCUCAAAGCUAGUUUUGGAACUUGAUGGUGUGAGCUGCCCUUGGGAAGAGAAGGCCAGGUGAGUGGCUGCAGAUACCCCUGGGUCUGGGAUGUGAACUUGGGGGCCCCCAGCAAGUAGAUGGGAGGCAUUGCAGAUGGGAUGGAUGGAGAAGGACCUAGGCCCUAGCUGGGUUACCCACAGUUAGAGGCAGCCCAGAGAAGCUAGUGGAGGAGGCCGAGGGUGUCAUUUCUCUGAAGGGGUGUCCAGAAGGCUGGAGUACUCAGUAGAGCGGGGACACGGGGUGAGGCUGCAAGGACCUGGAUGAGGACAGCAUCUUUGGUGACGCGGAGAGAAAGGCUGGCCAGAGGCAGUGAGC